AUGGGCGCGCUUUUGUCGCUGCCUUUAAUGGCAGUGCCCAGCGUUGGCACUUUGUUAACAUUCUGCGCAUCGUGUUGUGGGGCAGCGACAUGUUCAGCGAUAUGUGGUGCCUGCGGGAAGUUUCAGAGCAGUAUGGCCACGAGAAUCGCCUACGCUUUCAUGCUUUUGAUUAAUUCGAUACUGUCCUGGAUAAUGUUGACGCGAUGGGCUCUGAGCAAAUUGGAGCACCUCACUUUCGACUUUUUGCCGAUCAGCUGCGAAGGAGAAAAAUGUUAUGGAUGGGUUGCGGUUCAUCGAAUCAAUUUUGCACUUGGGCUGUUUCAUAUCGUUAUGGCAAUCCUCCUGCUUGGAGUCCAUUCUUCCAAAGGCAGCAGAGCGUCUCUUCAAAAUGGCUUCUGGGGUCCGAAGGUUAUCGCAUGGCUGGCUUUGAUAGCGCUGUCGUUUCUGAUCCCGGAGGGAUUCUUUUUCGUCUGGGGCAGCUACAUUUCUUUCAUUGGAGCAAUACUCUUCCUGCUUCUGGGCCUUGUCCUGCUGGUCGAUCUAGCCCAUACGUGGGCUGAGAUCUGCUUGCAAAAGAUUGAGGAGCUAGAUUCGCGGACGUGGCGGGUCUUGCUGAUUGGUUCAACCCUGGGAAUGUAUAUUGCGUCCAUCGCAAUGACCGUCAUCAUGUACAUCUUUUUCUCCCACUCCGGAUGCACCAUGAACCAAGCUGCGAUCACUAUCAACCUCAUCGUCUUCCUGAUUAUUUCCGUGGUGUCGGUUCAACCUGCAGUUCAGGCGUCAAAUCCUCGAGCCGGAUUGGCGCAGGCUGCCAUGGUCACAGCCUACUGCACGUAUUUGAUAAUGUCCGCCGUGUCAAUGGAGCCGGAUGAUCGCCAGUGCAAUCCCCUCAUUCGUGCUCGUGGCACCCGAUCGGCCACCAUCGUGAUUGGCGCUGUAGUUACUAUGUUGACCAUCGCCUAUACCACCACUCGUGCCGCCACUCAAGGCAUCGCUCUGGGGUCGAAAGGAGCCCAUAACUACUCUCGCCUCGGCCAAGAUGAGAUGGAACAUGGACUUGUAACCCAACAGCCUGGACUCAGUCGCAGGGAAAUGCGUGCUGAGGCUCUCCGCGCUGCUGUUGAGAGUGGUAGCUUACCGGCAAGCGCCCUCGAUGAAAGCGAUGAUGAGUCAGAAGACGGCCGGGGCAGCAAGGACGACGAGCGCCAUUCAACCCAGUAUAACUAUUCUCUGUUUCAUGUUAUCUUUUUCCUGGCAACCGCGUGGGUCGCAACUUUGCUCACGCAAAAUCUGGACCCCGAAGCGAAGGAUAAUCUUGCCCCCGUUGGCAGGACAUAUUGGGCUAGUUGGGUGAAAAUAAUCAGUGCUAUGGUGUGCUAUGCGAUUUACUUGUGGACUCUGAUUGCUCCAGUUUUGCUACCUGAUCGUUUUGACAUUUCAUAA